AUGGCGUUCCCUGCUCCCACCAAAACCUACCACACGCAGCCGUACGCCGCCAUCUCCCCGACCCGCCCGGAGCUCUCAACCAAGGGCAAAAGCGCCUUCAUCACAGGCGGCGGCGCAGGCAUCGGCGCCUCCGUCGCAAAGUCUCUCGCAAAGUCCGGCAUUGCAAGCCUAGGCCUCCUCGGGCGCACACUCAAGUCCCUCGAAGAAACCAAGACCGCCAUCGAGGCCCUGCACGCAGAGACAAAGGUAUUCCUCUACACCGCCGACGUCACCAACGCAAAAGAAACCACCGACGCCGUCACCUCCUUUGCCGGCUCCGUCAACGGGGGCAAGAUUGACAUCCUCGUCGCCAACGCAGGCUACAUGGCUGACCUCAAAUCCAUCCCCGACUCGGACCCGGAAGACUGGUGGCGCGCCUUUGAAAUCUCCGUCCGCGGCAACUUUCACCUCCUCCGCGCAUUCCAACCCCUCGCGGCGCCCCACGCCGCCGUGAUCCACAUCUCGACGGCGGCAAUCCACCUCCCCUACAUGUUUGGCUACUCGGCCUACCGCGCGUCCAAGAGCGCCGCGACGAAAAUGUUUGAGUACUUCCGCGACGAGAACCCGGGCUUCUUCGUCUUGCAGGUGCACCCGGGCCUCAUCGGCGGCACGGCCAUGUCGGAGAAGUUUGGGGCGAGCGUGGAGGCGUUUGGGCUGACGUACGACGACAUUGCGCUGUCUGGGGACUUUGUCGUGUGGGCGGUCAGCGAGGAGGCUGCAUUCUUGAAUGGACGAUUUAUACAUGCGAACUGGGAUGUUGAGGAGCUCAAGGCGCUUCGGGAGGGUCUGGAGAAGGACCAGAGUCGGUUUACCAUCGGACUACAGGGUUGGUAUUAG